UUGGGCUUCUGCUAGUGCUGUGCUAAGUAAGUGCUAGUAGUACAAAAAUUGUCCAGUCAAACUAAAUAGAAUUGUUCAGUUUUGUGUAGCGCCUAAAAGAUUUCACUUGAUUUAUAAUGUGGGCUGACACCGUCCUGAUCCUCUUUAUUUCAGUUUGUACUGCAUUUUUAGGAGAAGGAUUGACAUGGCUGAUGGUGUAUCGUACAGAAAAGUACCAGAAAUUAAAGGCAGAAGUUGAAAGGCAGAGUAAACGCUUAGAGAAACGGAAAGAAGCUCAUGGCGAUUCUCUUGACAAACAACAGAAAAAAAAGAUUGAGCGAGAAGAAGAGAAACUGAAGAACAAUAAUAGAGAUCUCUCGCUCGUCAAGAUGAAAUCCAUGUUCGCUAUCGGUUUUGCAUUUACAGCUCUUUUGAGCAUGUUCAACAGCAUUUUUGACGGGAGGAUUGUUGCAAGGCUCCCAUUUGUUCCUAUAUCUUGGCUGCAAGGUCUUUCCCACAGAAACCUGCCUGGAGACGACUACACAGAAUGUUCCUUCAUAUUCCUAUACAUUCUGUGUACAAUGUCCAUCAGACAGAAUAUCCAAAAAAUACUCGGAUUUGCUCCUUCUCGGACUGCCAGCAAGCAAGGAGGUGGUCUUUUUGGGCCCCCACCACAGCAAUUUAAAUAGAAUUUCAUCAAUUUGUAUGUAGAAUUUUGUUAUAAUUUUGAUUAUCUAAUUUUUCUCCUUAAUUUAUUGUUUUUUAUUUUAUAUUUUACAAAGUUAUAUUUGUACUUUUUGUUAUCAUUAAGACUGGAGUGUUCUAUAAUAAAGGUAUCUUGUGUAA